AUGGCUUCGCCUCUUGUCCUUGUACUUGGUCUAGCUCUCUUAGUUUUGUGCCCCGGUGGUUACAGCCAGCGUUCUCCUUCGCCAGGAUACUACCCGAGUUCCCGAGUAUCAACUACACCCUUUGAUCGUGAAUUUCGAACUCUAUGGGGAUCUCAACACCAGCGUAAAGAGCAAGAUGUUAUCACUCUUUGGCUCGACAAAUCCACCGGGAGUGGAUUCAAGUCUCUUCGGCCGUACAGGUCGGGCUACUUUGGGGCUUCCAUUAAGCUUCAACCAGGUUACACAGCUGGAGUUGAUACAUCUCUCUACCUCUCAAACAAUCAAGAGCAUCCGGGAGACCACGACGAGGUCGAUAUCGAGUUUCUAGGGACGACGCCGGGAAAACCUUAUAGCCUUCAGACGAAUGUAUUCGUUAGAGGAAGUGGUGACCGAAAUGUCAUUGGGAGAGAAAUGAAAUUUACCCUGUGGUUCGACCCUACUCAAGAUUUCCACCAUUACGCAAUUUUGUGGAACCCUAAUCAAAUUGUAUUCUACGUAGAUGAUGUACCGAUACGUACGUAUGAUAGAAAGAAUGAAGCUAUCUUCCCUACAAGACCGAUGUGGGUGUACGGAUCGAUAUGGGAUGCAUCGGACUGGGCCACAGAAAACGGUAGGAUCAAAGCCGACUAUCGAUACCAACCAUUUGUGGCUAAGUAUAGAAACUUUAAGCUAGCGGGAUGCACGGCAGACCAGUCUAGCUCGUGCCAACCGCCAUCGGCUUCACCUAUGGGGAACCGAGGGUUGAGCCGACAACAAAUGGGGGCGAUGGCAUGGGCGCAGAGGAACUUCUUGGUCUAUAACUAUUGCCAUGACCCUAAAAGAGACCAUACACAAACACCAGAAUGUUAA